UCAUAUUUUGUUGCAUUAACUCAAAUCUCAUUUACGUGACCAAAAAAAAGUACAAGUCAAGAAUUUCAACUUGUUCAUCUUGAACAUCAAAAUUAUCAAUUGAAUGGCUUUUUCAGAACCAGAAGUAAUAUGCAAGAAGCAUCCACAACACAAACAACAACCAGGAGUAUGUUCUUGUUGUUUAAGAGAAAAGCUCUCCAAAAUUAAUGGUACAUCUACAAUUAUGGCUGCACUUGCUUCAAUUUCUUCUUCUUUAUCUUCCUCUACUACUUCAUCCAAUUGCGUCUCGCCACGUGGAGCCAUCGGCCACCGUCGGAUCACCUCCGACGUUACCGGCGGUCACUACUCCUUUGUUACUCUCGCCAGCGGAGGCGCCGGCGGUGGUUUGAAGAAGAGUAGAUCAAUUGCUAUUGUUGCUAGAGGUGGUAGAGUUGGAAUUAAUGGAAAGAAGAAGAAAGAAGGGUUUUGGUCAAAGUUGAUCAAGUCAACGGGAAAAAGGACUAAAAGGGUAAUUGCACAUUGAUGAGUUGGAUUCAUAUUUUUAUUAGGUGGCAACGUCAAGAAAAUGUUAGGCAAUGAAUUAGGUGGAAACUUUGUAGUAAUUUAGUGAUGGAUUUUGUAAUUUAGUGUUGGUAUAAUUUGCACGUGUAAUCGUACAAAAAAGUGAGAAUCAUUUCAUUAUCUUGAUUUUUUUUUAAUGUCAUUUUGUUGCAUUGUGUGGUACUUACCACGAAAGAAACAUAUUGAUAUUUGUGAAUAGAAAAUGUGAAUGUUGAUAAUAUAUGAAAGUUCGCUCUGCCUUCUCUUUU